AUGCCAGAUUACGAAAUAUAUAUUCCAGAUUACGAAAACGUAUACAAUAACGAAUAUGUUUCCAGAACUUUAUCAGAAAAUGAUAAUAUCAAUAAUCAGCAAACAAGGUAUCAGUUCUACUAUUGCAAUAUUCUAAUUAGCAAAUUAAGCGUCACAAAUUGUUGGGCUUUAGGAUCAGGAGUAGAUCCUGCAUCUGGUGGAGCCAUCUACGUGUAUAAAUCUUCACUAACAACGAGCGGCGAUGAAAAUAAUUUUAAAUCAAAUCGUGCAGCAACAGGUGGAGCCAUCUGCUGCGUCCAAUCACAAGUAUACUUAAUUAAAUCCAUCUUUAACAAGAAUGUUGCUUACAAAUUUGGUGGUGCCGUGUGUUAUGAUGGAGAUUCCAAUUUAGUAAACACUCUCAACGUCAGAUUAGUACUCCAAGAGUGCAAUUUCAUUGAAAAUAGGGCGCAUUCAUGUGGCGGAGGCUUAUCAGUCAUUGCCUGUACAGAAGCCAUACUAGAUCAUUGUGAAUUUAAGCAAAACCAUGCUGCAUCAUUUGGCGGAGGCAUGGAAUGCUGUAUGACAAAGAGAUUAGACAUUUUCGAUACCAAAUUCAUUAACAAUUACAUUACAAACCACUUCUUAGAUGAAAAAGAAGUUGAAGAUGAAAAUAAAAAACAAUAUCAGAAAUCUAUCAAAUUUGGAGGUGGCGCUUUGUAUUUUGAAGGUCCACCAAUGCCUAAAAAUGGUGAACCACCAAGUGUUUAUGCAUCGUUUUAUACACAGAGCUGUUGUUUCUUCAAUAACUUUGUUUUAGACAAAGAUAACACCGAUGAAUAUGAUUUUUCACAGACAGAAGAUGCAACAACAUAUGGAGGAAGAGGUCAUGAGAUAUAUUUGAAUUCUUAUAUUGGAUGGAAUUCGAUGAAUGAUGAUUUUAAGAAUCCAGAAUUUUCCCAAAAUCUUCCUAAUCAAUACAUUUAUUACACACAACCCGAUGGAAAAAAUCUAAAUUGGGUAAUAAUGCAAACAAAUGGAACUGCACCUGUUUGUGAAGAAUCAGGAAAAUCAAUUAAUAGAGCUACAACAGAUGAUAUUUCAUAUGCAACAAUAAGUAAUAGUUUCGAAGGAGAACAAAAAAUUUCUGAUCUUCCUUCUCCAUCAGAAUAUACAUAUGUUGCUACACAAUUCACAAGAGUACCAAGAGAAACGCCAUAUAAUAAAUUCCCUACAGCAAAACCAUUAGAAAAAGAUGUUUUUCCAUUUACAUUUUCAAGUUUCAGUGUAAUUGCUACAAAUGCAAUUACUCCUCAUUCAACUCCAUUUAGUACUGCUUUCGAAACACCUCAUUCUACACCACAUUCAAGAGCAUUUUCUACAGCACAUUCUACUCCAUUUAGUACUGCAUUUGAGACACCACAUUCUACACCACAUUCAACAGGCCAUGUAACUCCAUUUGCAACUGUAUUUUCUACUGCGGAAAAAACAGCAUUUGAAACACCUUUCAGUACUGCACAUUCCACAGCUCAUUCAACUCCAUUUUCUACAGCACAUUCAACACCAUUUGUUACUGCUUUCGAAACACCUUUCAGUACUGCACAUUCAACAGCUCAUUCAACUCCUUUCGAUACAGUAUUUUCUACUGCAGAAAAAACAGCAUUUGAAACACCUUUUUCAACAGCACAUUCCACAGCAUUUUCUACAGCACAUGAAACACCAUUUUCUACUGCUUUCAAAACUGCUUUUGAAACUCCAUUUUCUACUGCUUUUAUUACUGCUUUUAAAACUCCAUCUUCUACUGCUUUUGUUACUGCUUUUGAAACUCCAUCUUCUACUGCUUUUGUUACUGCUUUUUAA